ACGCGGAUCCGUUUCUACCUCUUCACCGGUCACGAGCGCAGCUGAAAGGCAGCAGAAACAAAACAACGCGUCGAGCAGAGAUUUGGCCUGGAAGACUAUGCUGGCUCUCAGAGCGAGUCUGCCCGAUCGUUUCGCUGUUACCAACGUACUACGACCGAUCCUUCAGAAUUGUUCGGUUGGAAAGAAAUUUGCCGCAACGGUCCAUCUCCAAGCGAAGAUGUCGUUCGAAGUUGAGAAACAGAAAUUCUUGACCAUGCCGUUAGAAGAGAAACGAAAGUUCUACAAAGGAAGUAUAACCACGUUGGAUCAACUCCCGACAUGGGCGGAAUACUGGAGUAAGAAUAAAACGCACAUCGGUCUGUUGAACCUAGAGAAAGUGGAAAAAGUGGACGAGGAGCUGGCUAAAAAGAUUUCAAUAUGGCAAGGUGACAUCACGUCUCUCGAGAUCGACGCGAUCGUGAAUGCCGCGAAUUCGAGUCUUCUCGGCGGUGGCGGAGUUGACGGAGCUAUUCACAAAUCUGCUGGGCCGAAUUUAAAGAAAGGAUGUCGCGUCGGAGAAGCUAAAAUAACCGGGGCUUACAUGUUGCCUGCAAAGUAUGUGAUUCAUACGGUCGGGCCACAAGGGGAAAAGCCAGAAAAGUUGAGGGAAUGUUACGAAAACAGUCUGGCAGUUGCUAAAGAUAACGAGUCGCGCGUGAUCGCUUUCCCUUGCAUAUCGACAGGAAUUUACGGAUAUCCCCAGAGACCAGCUGCCAAAGUAGCUAUAUCAACGGUCAAGAAGUUCCUACUCGACAACAAAGACGCAGUGGAUAGAGUUAUCUUUUGCCUAUUCCUGAAAAGCGACAAAGACAUAUACGAGGAAUUGUUACAAAAGUAUUUUCCUAUCGAUUGAAUUGACCUACCCGCUGGCAGAGGUACCGCAAUAUUUUGAGGUUAAGCUCGAAACGUAC